CGCGCCCCCUCUGGCCCGCGGCCCCCGCGCGCGCACCCCAGCGUGUUCCCGGGUCAGCGCAGAGCCGAGGCGCAGCCGGAACAGGCCCUGCGCGGCUGCGCUGUCUUAACACAAUCCCAGCCCUGGGACAGGCCUUGUUUGUCUGGAAAAGUCGAAUAUCUCAAAAACAAAAGUUGAAACUUGGAAGGGAUACUCGGAGGUGGUCGGACGUAGCCUUGAUUUUCAUAGGCCAGUGGAGAUAGAACUGCCUUCCGUUUCAGCAGGAUACUGCAUGUUUUUACAAAUUGACAGAUUGUGGCAACUCUGCAUUGGAGUAUUUAAAAGAUGCUUCAAAGAAGAUGAAAAGUGGGCUUAUGUUUGUAAAACUGGUUAACCCAUGUUCAGGGGAAGGAGCCAUUUACUUGUUCAAUAUGUGUCUACCGCAGCUGUUUGAAAUAAAAGUUUUCAAGGAAAAAAACCAUUCUUGGUUUAUAAAUGAAUCAGUUCAAUCAGCCUGGAGAGCGCCACUCAUCUCACUGCAGAGAUUCCAGUUUCUCAUGCUCAGUCUUCUUCGACUCCUGCACGCUUGCAUUUUUCUUUGGGAGGAGGGAUGGGGAGGUCUUCUUCACUUUGCCACACCCAUGGACCCUCUGUUUCUGCUUCUCCACUACCUUAUAAAGGCUGAUAGAGAGGGAAAGUUUCAGCCCCUGGAUCAAGUUGUGAUGGAUGACGUGUUUCCGAAUUGCAUCUUGCUGCUGAAACUUCCUGAGCUUGAGAAGUUACUUCGACAUGUGACAGAGGAGAAAGAAAUAGACAAGAAGAAAUAUUACAAGUACAGCAAAGAGAAGACAUUAAAAUGGCUGGAAAAAAAGGUUAAUCAGACUAUGGCAGCAUUAAAAACCAAUAAUGUAAAUGUCGGUGCCCGGGUACAGUCUACUGCAUUUUUCUCUGGUGACCCGGUUUCCAGUGACAAGGAAGAGGAUUAUAUUCGUUAUGCCCAUGGUCUGAUAUCUGAUUACAUCCCUAAAGAAUUAAGUGAUGACUUAUCUAAAUAUUUAAAGCUUCCAGAACCUCCAGCUUCAGUGCCAAACCCUCCAUCAAAGAAAGUAAAGUUAUCAGAUGAGCCCGUAGAAGCAAAAGAAGAUUACACUAAGUUUAACACUAAAGAUCUGAAGACUGUAAAGAAAAAUAGCAAAAUGACUGCAGCUCAGAAGGCUUUGGCUAAAGUUGACAAGAGUGGAAUGAAAAGUAUUGAUUCCUUUUUUGGUGCAAAACAUGUUAAAAAAAUUGGAAAGAUUUGAAACUUUAAAAAUUAAAUCGAGCAAAAAUAUUUGCCUUCUACAUGUCCCAUUUUCAUCUUUCCUCCAUUCCACUGUACUUCCUAACCCUUAAUUACCACCUUUUGAAAAAAAGUAGGAAGGGGGCAAUUUUCAGAUUCACUUGAACAUUUCUUUGUGUUUGAUUUUUGUGUUUCCUGAACAAAAUAUGGGAAAGUAAUUGUGUAACUUCAUGGCUUGUGGCCUUUGGAGUUUUGUUUGACAUCAUGAAAAGUAAUCAAGUGAAUAGAAUUAACCUCUAGCAUCACAAUUUCCUCAAUAAACUGAUAUGUGACAAUA